AUGUCCAACCGAACCACCUUGACCCAUUUCCUUCUCCUUGGAUUCUCUGCCGUUUGCGAGCUGCAGAUUUUGCACUUUGUGGUAUUCCUGGUGAUUUACCUGGCAGCCCUGAUGGAGAACCUUCUCAUCAUCCUAGCUGUAGCCCUUGCCCACCAUUUGCACACUCCCAUGUACUUCUUUCUGGUGAACCUGUCCCUUAUAGACCUUGGAUCGAUCUCUGUCACCAUCCCCAAAUCCAUGGUCAAUUCCCUAAUCAACUCCAGUUCAAUUUCCUAUGCUGGAUGUGUCACCCACGUCUUUUUCCUCAUCUUCUUGAUGGGAGCAGAUUUUUCCCUUCUCACCAUCAUGGCGUACGACCGAUACGUCACCAUCUGCCAACCACUGCACUACGAGAGUGUGAUGAACAGGAAAGCUUGUGUCCAAAUGGUAGCCAGUGCCUGGAUCGGUGGAAUUCUUUACUCUGCACUGCACACCAGGAACACAUUUGCAGUAACUUUCUGUGCAGGCAACAUGGUGGAUCAGUUCUUCUGUGAAAUCCCCCAGCUCCUCAAACUUGCCUGCUCUAACUUGUACCUCAGUGAAAUUUGGGCUCUCAUCUUUAGUGCGUGCAUAGUCUUAAAUUGUUUUGUUUUUAUCAUUGUGUCGGAUGUUCAGAUCUUCAACACAGUGCUAAGAAUUGUGGUCUCCUUGUUUGUUUGCACUGGCAUCUUUGCCUACCCGAAACCCACCUCCAGCUCAGCAUCAGGUCUGGACCUUGUGGUGGCUGUUCUCUAUUCUGUGGUGCCUCCAAUGAUGAAUCCGGUCAUCUACAGCAUGAGGAACAAGGAGAUCAAAUCUUCAUUGAGGAGACUGAGUGGGGGGAGGUUAUUCACCAAGAAUUAUUUUUCUGUCUUUCUCGAAUAA